AGAAUGAUGGAGAGACAGAGAAAGAUGUGACACACACAAAGUCAUAGAUACAGGGAGAGAAAUAGAGCGUGAGAGUUGUUUGGAGAGUGCUGUCUGGAACGAAAAUUUCUCUAUUCGCAGUUGUGCUAAGAUAAAAGUUUAGAGCACCAUAUGGUUUCUUAGUUAACUGCUGGUUCGAGAGCGAGAGCUGGAGUGCGGGCGGGAAUCACAUUACACUCAGCGUUGCUGCUAUUCACAGACAGGAAAGUCAAAAAGAUUUACUCGGAGCAUUGGGACAGACGGAGCUCAGAAGCCAGCUUUUCAUGAGCUGUCCGGAAUGGGUUCUUAGGAGAAGCCGCGGUUAAAACUAUUCACAAAGCCAAGGCAUUACUCAAGCAGGAAGAAGAUGUCCCUGGUGUGAGGAAAUCAGAAACUCUCAGGAAUAUCAGGCAAUGAGAUUGGUCUAAGGGCCACAGGGAGGUAGUUAUGAUGAGAUUGACCAGUCUGUUCCCUCUCUGGCAUUUGAUCCUCCUGCUCACUUUGAGCUGGAAUGCUCCAGGCUCAGUGUGGACUCAUGCCAAUCCUUUGGACUCUGUGCACCAGGGGUGGCAGAGGUUGGUGGAGCAAGAGGAUGGUUGCCCUCCCUGUGAGUUAGACCAGUGCCUCAUCCCCCACGGGUGCCUGGCUGGCUUAGUGAGGGACUCCUGUGACUGUUGCUGGGAGUGUGGCAACAUCGAAGGCCAAACCUGUGACCUGGACCACAGCAACCAUUUCUAUGGCCAGUGCGGAGAAAAUUUGGAAUGUAAGCUAGACCUGGGGGAACUGAGGCAAGGGGAGGUCCCCGAACCCCAGUGUAUGUGUCUGUCCAACCAGGCUGUGUGUGGAUCCAACGGGCAAACAUACCUACAGAUAUGUAAGUUCCAAGAGGCUGCCAAUGGCAAUGAAACAUCCAAUAUCACCCUGGCACAUGAGGGGCCCUGUGAAGGAGUCCCUCAGAUUAUAUCUGCUCCCUUCAACAUCUGGAACACCACUGGAGAGGACGUCAUUUUCGGUUGUGAGAUCUUUGCUUAUCCAAUGGCAGCUAUUGAAUGGCGGAAAGACGGAGUGGACGCUUUCCUGCCAGGUGACGACCCCCACAUCUCUGUGCAGUUUCGAGGAGGUCCAUUUAAAUAUGAAGUGACCGGUUGGCUCCAGAUCCAGGCAAUUCGCAUCACGGAUUCAGGAGUGUAUCACUGUUCUGCAAGGAACAAACUGGGAGAAGUGUCGGCAGCCGCCAGGCUGACUGUUAUCUCGCCAGAUCAGAUAAGCGAGAUUGAAACUCCAUGGAGGCAGCCUCUGCAACUUCUAGACGAUUAUUCUGAUGAUUAUUACUGAGGAAGGAACUUUGCAAAGUGGGCUAAACAUACUCAAUGUGGAGAUACUGGUCCAUCAGGCCACAAUGUAGCCCAGCUGGAUGUGGCAAUGAAUCAUAAUAAAGUUUCACAGU